CCUGUAAAGGCAGAUUAUUAAUUAUUGACACGAGCCACAUGCCAUUCAUAAUUUAGGAUUUGUGCAAUAUUUGGAAAAUUCGUGAUGGAGAAGGCCUUCAAAGAUCCGUUGGUAGUUAAAGUGAGUCAGAUCAUCUCUUGAGAUUGCUUUGGUGCUUGGACGAGAGACAACGGGACUCGCGUUACGCUCUUCGGUCACGUGUUUCCAAGACAAGGCUAACGAUCCAAGUUAACCCCCACAGCGGUAGAUGACGUCAUUUUAAUGUCCAUGUCACGUUCGUGAGUGUAACGUCGCCCUGGUUCGUGCGUAACUGGUGACAACAAUGGCCAAGACUUACAGGUUACAGUUAACCAAAGUGAUGUAACACUCUUACAAAGCACACCCAUUGGGAUGAUGCCAUCGAUGGGUGUGAUUCAGUGGCGGCAAGCCAAUAGAGGGCAAUGGGGCGUGGCCUGACGGUGUCUCGCUGAAACAUUCUUGAUCCUUCUUUGCCCCGAAGAAGAGUCUGUCUCUGUCAGUGCAGUAAUAAGCAAUAUCUGUGAUUUCUACUGGGUGUGGUGACAUUGGACAGAAUUAUCGACACAAUGGAGACAUCCACCUCAUCCAAGGCAUCCAAAGCCAACACCACCUUCUCCUUGGCCUUGCUGAAGAAGCUGAGAGAUGAUGGCAAGACAGCGAAUGUCUUCUACUCGCCCUUCAGCAUCUCCUCAGCCCUGGCUAUGGUGAUGCUGGGGGCCAAGGGCAACACAGCCAAGCAGAUGUCAGAGGUCCUUUGCUUCACUGAGGCAGAGCAACCGAAGCAGGCAGAGCAACCGAAGCAGGGGGGGGGAGAACUGACGCAAACGCAGUCGGAAACGGAGACGCAGACACCGACGCAGACACCGACGCAGACACCAAUGCAGUCCCAGAUGCAGUCCCAGAUGCAGACGAGGAGGCAGUUGCGGACGCAGAUACAGCAGAGAAGCAGACUGCCCCAGUAUCUGGUCAAGUGCCUGAAACCUGAGGACAAUGAAGACGAUGUCCACGCUAGCUUUUCCAAACUGCUGAGUGAGCUCAACAAGAAGGACACUCCAUUUGCCCUCAGCCUUGCCAACAGGCUGUAUGGGGAGCAGACCUACAAGUUUGUUGAGGAUUUUCUAUCACAAACCAAAAAGCACUACAAAGCUGAGUUAGAGUCUGUGGACUUCAAAUGCAAAGUAAAUGACAGCAGGCUCCUCAUCAAUAGCUGGGUGGAGAAGCAGACGCAAGGAAAAAUCCAGGACUUGCUGGGUGAUGGUGUAGUGAACGCCAGCACCAUGCUGGUCCUGGUCAAUGCCAUCUACUUCAAAGGCAACUGGGACCAAAAGUUCGAAGAGGCUUCUACUGUGGAUGCUGAGUUCCGAAUUAACAAGAAUGACACCAAGUCGGUGAAGAUGAUGUGCCAAACCAGUGAAUUCCCUUUCACCUUCAUUCCUGAGGCCAACGUCAAGAUCCUAGAGCUGCCUUAUGAAGGGAAGGAGAUAAGCAUGCUCAUCUUCCUGCCCGACGAGACAGAGGACGGCACAACAGGCUUGGAGACGCUGGAGAAAGAGCUGACCUAUGAGAAAUUUGUGGAAUGGACUGGUCCAGACAAGAUGGCUCAACGUGAUAUUGAGGUGAUGGUUCCUCGCUUCAAGAUGGAGGAGUCGUAUCAUUUGAAGGAUGUUCUGAUCAGCAUGGGCAUGAAGGACGCUUUCACAAACAGUGACUUUUCCGGCAUAUCCCCAGAAAGCACCAUGUCGCUGUCACAAGUCAUCCACAAGGCGUUCGUGGAGGUCAACGAAGAGGGAACUGAGGCUGCCGCUUCCACUUUUGCUUCCACAAACCUUAGAGGAAUGAUUCCUGAAACAUUCAUCGCAGACCACCCCUUCCUCUUCUUCAUCCGACACAACCGCACCGGGACCGCCCUCUUUAACGGCCGAUACUGCUCCCCCGAGUGAGCGCCGCUGUGGGCCCUGCAAACAUGGACAGAGUGUGAGACAAAGGGCCCCUGAACACAGACCUGUAAAGGGCUCCGACCCCAUACCACUUGACGAUGAGAGCCAAUGGAGAAUCACUACUCUGUGAUGUUCUAUAUUACUUAUAUAUUAACACUUAAAAUUUGGAAAGAAAGCCUUUGAAUGGAAAUUACUGUGUGUUCAAUCUAUUGAAUAAAAGGCAUAUGGAAGCUCAAAUGUUAUUUUUUUAAAAUAUAUUUUGCUUGGAUGUAUUUUACGUGCCGAUUCUGUUAGAAAUCCACACUGUAUCUCCACACUCCAUCCAUCCUCUCAUUCAUUCAUCACAAAAUGGAAAGUGUCCUGUUGGUUUUGCAGGGUUUUUUUUUGCAGGGGUGUAGCACCUUUUAGUUCUAAUCAAUGGUAGCAUAGAGACACUAACAAAUAUCUAGGUUCGGGGGGGGCAGGAUACCUUGAAUAACUCUCAAGAGGAGUUGUCAAUGAGUUCCGCCACUGACCGCACCACAAUAACAUGUAUAGCUGUACACUAAUGUUGAAAAUGUAAGUAAAAUAAGAUAAAAUACAACAGUCUAAUGUCCCCACUGAUUAGAGAACUUGAGAGUUUGACAUUCAAGGCAUUCAGUUAUUUUCCUUGCUUGUGUAUUGUGUGUACCAGUCAUUGUGUACAUCAUGUAGUGUGUAUAUGUUAUCCAGAGUCACAAUGAUCAAAGGAAGAUUGUUAGACAUUUUCUGUCGGCGGAUCCUAAAAUAGUACUAACCAGUAC